AUGCAGUCUGCGCGAGGUGACCCGCCGGCAAUCGUGCUCACCCCUCAGAGCGUGUCCGCAAAGGCCGCCAGGGCCUUGCGUGCCGGCGCAGGCGCGGGCGCAGGCGCGGGCGCGGCCGGUGCGAGCGCGGGCGCGGGCGCGGGCGCGGUCUCCGCCGGCGCCGCCUCCGCCAUGGUCACCUCGGGCGCGGGCGCGGGCGCGGUCUCCGCCGGCGCCGCCUCCGCCAUGGUCACCUCCGCUGGAACGGCCUCCGCCUCCGCCGCCUCCGCUGGCGCCACCUCCGCCUCCGCCAUGGUCACCUCCGGCGUCUCCGCCGCCUCCGCCUCCACCUCCACCGCCUCCGCCGCCGUCGCCUCCGCCGCCGCCGCCGCCGGCGGCGGCGCGGCCACCGUGGGCGCGCGCGCGCGCGCCAUCUCGAAGGGAACAAUCAUGAUCUCCACUGUCGCCCUCGCUGUCCUCGACUCGGCCCAGGCCUUCUCCGCGCCCGCCAUGCGCGCGCCGGCCCGCUCGUCCGCCGUCACCAUGUUCUCUGAGGGCGACAUCGGCGUCCUCCCGCCGCUCGGCGUGUACGACCCGCUCGGCCUCAUCGAGACGCGCGACAUGCGCCGCUACGAGGCGCGCCCCGCCCCUCGCUCUGCGCCGCCGCCGCGCGCGCAGAGCAUCAUGGAGGUCAAGCACGGCCGCGCCGCCAUGCUCGGCUUCCUCCACGUCAUCGCGCUCAAGGCGGGCGUCGUCCUCCCGGGCGCGCUCACCCUGUCGGGCACCAAGUUCUCCGACAUCCCGACCAGCUGCUUCGGCUCGCUCGAGGCGGUCCCCACCUUCGGCUGGCUGCAGAUCAUGCUCUUCUGCCUCUUCCAGGAGACGGGCUACGGCCUCGGCCUGGCCAAGGGCCAGACCGGCGGCUACGCCUCCAACCCGGACAACAACGAGGACGACGGCGAGG